AACUAGAGGUCACCACACCACACCCACGAACAUGUCCUCGUCGAGCAUGUCGAGCGACGGCGGACCUACCGUCGCCGUGAAGCUGUUCAUCGACAAGGCGAAGAGAAGGGUGCUGUUUGCGGAGUCCGACAAGGAGUUCGUCGACGUCCUCUUCAGCUUCCUCACCCUGCCUCUCGGCACCAUCGUCCGUCUCUUCGACAAGCAGUCUCAUGUAGGAUGCCUCGACAAGCUGUACAAGAGCGUGGAGUGUCUCGGUGAAGGCCACUUCCAAGCCAAGCCGUGCAAGGCGAUGCUUCUUGCGCCGGUCAAUGCAGCAGCAGCCUACUGCCACCGGCUUCAAGUGAAAGUUGACGACAGUAACCCCGUGUAUCACUGCAAAAAUGCAGAGUGCCACGAUCCCUGGUAUAGCUCCGCCUCUUAUGCUGUUUGCAGAUGUAGAAAUGUUGUCGAUGACUCCAAGUUCAUCAUAACAGAUGAUCUCCAAGUUUCUCUUGCAUCCACAAGGGUUAUGUUUUCUCUGAUGGACCAAUUUGGGAUCCCAGGAAAUGGGAACAUCGAGGAGAAGGUGCUCCAACUCAAUUCUGCCAUGAUGACUAGGUUGCUCCGGAGAGCAAUGCUGACAAAGCAGCCUUUAACUGGACUGUAUUUCAAUGUUGCUAUUGCGCCGAAUGGUACAUAUCUUUGUAAGCUUCCUGAGAAUCUGUUAGCAGAACAGGCAGCUGAGGCCACUGAUCCCAACUUCAAAGCCAUCAAGGCGAGGCUUGUGCAGACCAAGGAUAACUCAUCAGUGCUGUACGCUGAGGUUGGGCAAGAUUUCGUCGAUCUUGCCUUUGGACUCCUCUGCAUUCCCGUUGGAACUAUCAUGAAGACUUUUAGUCACUUGCCCCAGAAGGGAUGCAUGGGUAAUCUUUACAGGAGUGUAGCUGGAAGUGUGAAAGAAGAAUGUCAAGGCGUACUGCUGACCCCAAAGGUAGCGCCUUUCUUUGGGUGCAGCAGCAAUGUACUGCAGGUAGAAGAAUUGGCUGGUAGACGAAUCUUUGCACGUCGUUAUUUGGAGAUGAAUCCCAGAUCCCAUGAUGAUACUGGUGUUAGAGGCUACAUCAAAGGUACCCCAAUAAACUUCAUGGUGACCAACGAUCUCCAGAUUAUGCCGUUAUCCUUGACCAACACCAUCCAGCUCCUGCACGCAUCCAACAUUCCGAAGAAUAAGCUUGUGGAGAAAGAACUCACGCUCAACAAAACCCAGGUUCUGAAGAUCGUCAGAGCUGCAUUCGAGACACGUGAAGCACUGAGCAGCACGCUUCUCCCUUAA